AUGGAACUGCGCGCGGAGGACGACGAUGAUGAUCCGUUCAUCGCGCAGUUGAGUCAGAUCGCGCACGAACCGCGGGUGCACGUGGGGGAGGAGAACGCGGCGGCGACGGCGUAUUGCGCGGGGAGACGGUCGCGAGGAAAGACGUUUAACGAUCCCGUGCACGGACACAUGUACUUUAAUCCGAAGCUGUGCGAUGUGAUCGAUACGCCGCAAAUGCAACGGUUGCGAGAGUUGAAGCAGUUGGGGACGUCGUAUUACGUGUUUCCGGGAGCGGGGCAUAACAGGUUCGAGCACUCGUUGGGAACGUGUCACCUGGCGAACACGGUGUUCGAGUCCAUCAAGCGCAGCGCGCCCAGGCACGGGUUAGGGCUGACUGUGGAGGAUAAGUUAUGCGUGCAACUCGCGGGGCUGUGUCACGACAUGGGCCACGGGCCGUUUUCGCACGUGUUCGAUAACGAGUUUUUGCCGUUGAGACACGGUUGGGAUCCGAAAGUCGUGGCGCCGUGGAAUCACGAGCGCAUGGGGGUGGACAUGUUUUCUUGGUGCUUAGACGAUAACCACAUUGAUUUAGAGCCUCAAGUCGUGCGGCGCGUGUGCGAUUUCAUCACGAGCAACGAGGAAGGAGCGAAGGAGAAGCGAUUUUUGUUUGACAUCAUCGCCAACAAACAAAACGGCAUCGACGUGGACAAGUUCGAGUACCUGUUGCGAGAUUCUUACCAGGCCGGCGUGCGCAUGAGCGUGGAUACGAUGCGAUUGACGUCGCACAUGAAGGUGAUCGAUGACAGGAUUUGCUUCAAGUCGAGUGAGGCGAACAACGUGUACGCGUUGUUCCACUCUCGAGCGUCCAUGCACCAGAGCGUGUACACGCACAAAAAGGCCAAGGCGGUGGAAUAUAUGGUGGUCGAUGCAUUAGUCGAAGCCGACAUCGCGUGGAACGGGCGAAUUAGCAACUCCAUUUGGAGCGUUGAGGAUUUCAUCGCGAUGGACGACACGCUGCUCAAACAGAUUGAAUUUUGUGACGAUCCCGCGCUCGCCAAGGCACGAGACAUCGUGCGACGCAUCCGUCGUCGCGAGUUGUACCGAUUCGUGAAUGAAUACACCGUGCCCGAGGAUCAAGUGGUGGAUUUCAAGCCGGUCGAGGCGAAAGACAUCACGUCAUGCCAAGGAACGAACAACAUCCCGGGCGGUUUGAAACCAGACGACAUCAUUGUGCAGUGCCUGAAGAUUGAUUACGGCCAAAAAGGACACAAAGAUCCCGUGGAGAACGUCAGGUUUUUCCACUACUGGGACGACGAAACCUCGUGCAGCAUCGCCAAAGAGCAAAUCAGUUCGCUCUUGCCGCGAAAUUUCGUCCAUCGCGUCGUUCGCGUCUUCAGUCGCCGCCGCGAACCAGAGUACAUCGAAGCCACCGCGCAAGCCUUCUCGAAUUUCCAGCGCCGUCAGCUCGGCAAAGAGGCGCAAAUCACCCCGGUGAAGCGCCAGAGAUUUUCGAACGAUAGCUAA